UGGCAGGCGGUGACAGACAGGACGUCCUUCGCGAAUCAAUCCUGAAAAGCUCGUGCUUUUCACUGUUCUUCGCACCAGCUUUGCCCCCGCUCUCCUUACGGACGAACAGCACUCUGCAAAUAAUUCAAUGAUAAGGUAGAGACGUGAAGCCAGGUGCUGACUGACAAUGGGAAUUUGCUGGGGCGCGCCUCAUUAUCCGACCCCUAGCUUCACUGGAUAUCUCAGACCUGGACAUGAAUCACUCGUGUAUAGCAGCAGCACGUCAUCUUCCUACGAUGAGGAAACAAGGAGCUUGGGAGGAAUAUCUGUUGAAAGUGUGCCUAACAGGGAGAUCGUGCCCACUCACGAUGUUAGGGUCUUCACCUUGGCUGAACUGCAGGAAGUCACUAGAAACUUUUGGCCCGAUUCGCUCCUCGGAGGAGGAGGGUUCGGCAGAGUCUUCAAAGGCUACCUCAGUGGGGAGGGGUCCUCCCAUGGCCGAGGCAGGAUCCCAAUUGCCGUCAAAAAAUGUCACCCGGAGAGUGUGCAGGUAGUUACAGAAUGGAAGUCAGAGGUUACUUUUCUAGGCAGCUUAUCCCGCCCUAACAUUGUCAGACUGCUGGGUUAUUGUUCGGAGGAGGAAAAUCGACUCCUCAUCUAUGAGUACAUGUCAAAGGAUACCCUGAAAAAUCACCUAUUUCGAAGAGGUGCUAGAGAACCACUUUCCUGGAUCUUACGACUUAAGAUUGCAAUUGGAGCAGCCAAAGGCCUGGCAUACUUACAUCAGUUAGAAGACCAAAUUAUUUGCAGGGACUUCAAGCCAUCAAAUAUAUUGCCAGACAGGGAUUUCAACGCCAAAAUAUCAGACUUCGGCUUGGCCACAAGGGUUCCUGCUGAUGACAGAAAACACGUUUCUAAACAGGUCCUUGGAACAUAUGGCUAUACUGCCCCUGAGUACAUAGCUGCUGGGCAUUUGUAUGCAAAGAGCAAUGUGUACAGUUUUGGGGUUGUGCUGCUUGAAAUACUGACAGGAAAACAGCCACACGAUCAUAGUCAGCCGUCUGGGAAGCACUUUGUCGUGGAGUGGGUCCGCCCAUAUGUAUCGAGAAGGAAAUUGGCAAGAGUGGUUGAUCCGCAGUUGGAAGGUAGGUAUCCUCUAAAGGCCGCUCUCAAAUUGGCUCAGCUUGCUUUCCACUGUCUCCAGAUGGAUCCCGAGAGCCGGCCUUCCAUGGACGAAGUCUUAAGGAAACUUGAAAAAAUCGCUACUUAUAAACCGAUUCCUGGCAUUGUCGGACCUUCCUCUCACAACAGGUCGACAAGACAAGGUUAGGAUUCCUUUAUGGAUUCUCAUUUCAAAGAGCCUUUCAGGUAGCUCCGAAUUACCUGAAUUCUGUGCUUGGCAUUGUACAGCGAAUUUGUUUUUAUUAGAAUUUGUUUUGUGAGACAUAACUUUCUUAGAAUUUGCAUCGUGGGACCCGUGAAUCUUGAGGAUAUCAUAUAGUUUUUGUUC